AUGAUGAUCCAUGCUACUGAUGAUGAUCAAUUAUCGAACAAACCCUCUUUGAAGACUCUUAUUUCUCAACUCUCCUCGUUCCCUCCUCGCGUAGAUCCUUCUCCAAUUUUGAACAAGAUUGAUGAACACAUGAAAGAGUCUCCAUUCUCGACCGUCCUCUCAUUGGUCGGUCACUUUCAAAGAUCUACUCGUUUACUCCUAAAGAAAUCAGAAGAACAACUGGUCAAUGAUUUCAAUUAUUUGCUCAUCCUUGCUCGUCAUUGUCAGAAAAAGAUUUCUCUUCAAGAUGCUUUGUGCAAAGAUUAUAUCUUUUUGUGGAUCAAUUUGAAAACUCAAUUCUGCAUCAAUAGACAACGUUGUUUGGACAAGAUGAGUAAGAGUGGGAAUGCUCAAUGUAUCCAAGAUUUGACUCGGCUCUAUAUGGAUUUGUCGAUUGUUUUGCUUUCAGAACAUUUAGAAAAGACAUGGGUUGAGGAACAACUAGUCAAGAUCCAUUCUCCUCCAAGUUUGGUACCUACUGUAAUGCCUCCUUGUCAACCACAGCAACCAAUGGAAACCAACCAAGUUCCAUGUUUAGCAGAGUCCUCUGGUCCAAUGAAUGCUCUUCCAAUCAAACAAGAACCAACACGUCCAAAGAGAACAAGAAAAUUGACUUCUCAAAUCAAAUCCACUCUCCAAGAAUAUUGGCGUGAAAAUCCAAACGAAGCAGAACCAUCAUUCUUUAACUCUGAGGAAAGAAUGAGAAAAUUCAUACAAGUGAUUCAGUUAGAUGAUUCAUUCUUGGAAGUGUUAAAGAAUAAUGCUGCAAGUUUGUGGAUGGAGUUUGAAACAGCUCGUCGUUAUGUGACACAACAGGAUAAACUUUUGUAA